AGCAAUAAAUUUCAAAAAUUUACACCUUUUAGAAUGAAGCAUUGUUGGAGUUUGGUUGUAGUUUUGAUGCUUAUGAUGGCGUUGGCUAUGGCUAGCACCGCACCGAGUGCCAGUCAGUGCAAGAAAGAGAGAAGACUUGCUGUAAACGCGUGCAAAAGCGUAUUGUAUGGUCGACAUCCAUCGUCAUCUUGUUGUCAACGAAUACGAGUUAGCCAUAUUAAGUGCGUAUGUUCUGUCAUCACCCCUAAGUUGGCUGCUAUCAUUGACGUAAAUCGUUGCAUUAAACUUAUCGAAGGUUGUGGACGCAGACUCCCUCGUCACUUCAAAUGUGGAAGUCUUACCAUACCGUAAGUUAAUAAAUAUGAUCGAUCGGAGAACCUAUGGAGUGUCAUGAUCUCUUGUUGAAGCAUGUAUGCAUCCGGGGAAAGAGGUGGAUUAACGAUUAUGUGUUAAUAUUAUGAAUAAAAAUGUUUGUGUUUAGAAACUUGAAUUAUUUGUUCAUGAUCAUAAGUUCAUUGGUUCUGUAUUA